AUGUGUAUUUUUGAGCGCGGAUCGGGAUUUGAAUACAAUUGGUGAGUUUUUUGUGUUUUUUUUCCAAAAAUCCAUAAUUUUUCUACUGAAAAAUUGAAGUUUUAUUUUCCAAAAAAGUCUCUAACAAUAAAAAAGUAAACCAUUUUUUUACAGAUCAGAUCGGCUGUUGGAGAUUUUUGGGCAACCAAAAACUUGGAUGUUUUGAAGAAAAUGAAGAUUUCGAUGGAUUUAUUCGAUUGAAUUUGGUCAGAUGAAAUUAAUUGUGUAUCAAUAUAACAUUCUUGCAAUUUUCGAAGGUUUUAUUUGGAUUGAGAUCGAAAGAUGGAAAUAUUGGAGAAUGGUGGCUCCAGUAUUUUCAAUAUACAUAGUUGUGCAAAAAGCAAAAUGGGAUAUUGAUAUGGUUGAAAUUUGAAUAUGGAAAGUGGAUAAAUUUGAAUUGAACUUCAUGACAUGUUAAUUUGUGUUUUGAGAGAUUCGCGGGUCCGGAUUUGUAUAGAACCAGUGAGUUUUUUGUGCUUUUUUUUUUCAAAAAUCCAUGAUUUUUCUACUGAAAAAUUGAAGUUUUAUUUUCCAAAAAACUUUCCAAAAAUCCAUGAUUUUUCUGAGAAAAAACCCUUUUUUCCUUCUGAAAAAUUGAAUUUUUAUUGAUUUUUUCAAACUCUAAAAAAUUUGAAAAUGAAAAUUUUUGAUUUUUGUAAUUCAAAUUUCGAUAAGAAAAACACAGUUUGUAUAAUUUACAAACCCAAAUCGAUAGACCUCAAAUUUUUCGAUAAUUUUUAGUGUAGAUCAAAAAUAAUUUUUUCUAAAUCUCUCUCAUGUUUGAUUGUGUCAAGUCUCAAAAAAUGGGCAAAACAUUUAAUUUUUUCUGCUAAAAAUUUAGAAUUUUUAAUCAAUUUUUAUUUUUUUACAGAUCAGAUCUGUGUUUCAUGAAGUUCAAGUUCAAGUUCAAUUUGAUUUGGAUGUUAGAAAAUCGAUAUUUGUUUCGCUGGGAAAAUGUUGUGAUUUAUGAAUGGAAUUGGCAAAACUCGAAUAUUGAAGGAUGAAAAUGGAAUCGAUAAUUUAUAAUUUGGCCAAUUAUAAUUUAUUGAACAUUCUCCGCUCAUUUUUGCCAAAAAAUUGAAGAUUCCAGAAUUUUUGGUGAGUUUCUUGGACGAAUUAUAAUCCAAAAUCUUUUGGUGAAUUUUGUUUCAAUCUCAAAAAUCCAAAGAAAUUUUCUUAAAGAUCAAUACUCAAGAAUUUCGAUAUUUUUAUCAACUUGUCAAGAAUCUGGAGCAGUUUUGGAAUGUUUUCUGAAUAUUUCGCGGAGUUUUGAUUGAAGACAUGAGGUUGCUCGAUUAUUAGGUGAGUUUUUUUUUCAAGAAACUUCAAAAAAUUCCAAAAUGCCUUGUUUUGAGCUGAAAAAUUUCAAAUUUUAUUGAUUUUUCAAACAAAUAACGUAGUUUUUUUUCAGUGCUGAACUACUCAGUUCUGAAAGACCUGGAAACUUCCUGAAAUUGUUGAAUUUUCGAGCGAAAUUUGGAACUUAUUCUGGUUUGAGAAUUGAUCUGGCUGAAAAAGAAGAUCGAAAAAUUGUGAAAUUUGAAGUCGCACGGGGCGGGAGGGAGGGAGGGGUGCGAUUUAGAAGAAGUGAGUUUGAAUUUUGAUGCAUUUUUUUGAUGGAAAACAUAUUCAUAUUUUUCAGUUCGAAUUGUAUGGCUUCCGCUGAUAUUCGAUUCAAUAGAAGAUCUGAAAGUGAGACCUGGAAAAAUUCGCAAAUUUGUUUCAGUGAGUUUUUGAAACUUUCAAAUAAGUGUGUCAAAAAUGUUUCAAAUUUCAAAAAAUACAAAAAAAAUUCAAAAAGUAGACUAAAAAUUUGUCAGAGAAAUCGGAUGCUAAUCUCAAAUUUUCAAAAAAUUUCACCGAGCUCAAAUAUUGGAAAAAAAAUUUCAAUUUGAAAUUUUUAAACUUCAUAUUCUUGGAUUACUGUAAAUUUCAGUUUUCAGCUCACAAAUUUAGAAUUACAUGAAUUUUAGGGUUACUGUAGCUUGAAUUCUUUCACAAAAAAUCUUAAAUUUCAGCCUAUUUCGAAGUCUUGGUUCGAUUUUUGAUGGGCAUCUGUGAGAUCUGCGAAAAAUUGGGCAUUUUUCUGACAAAUUCAACAUUUUUGAUCAAACUGGAACUACUGGAAUUAUUCGCUGGGAAAUUGAUAAGGUUAGUUUUUCAUUUCCGAAAUAAAUUGCAAAAAAAAAUAUUUAUUCAUUUUUCAGACGUGAAAUUGGAAACGUGUCCACGCCGAUGUCAUUCUCAAUUUUUUGGUUUUUCGACUGGCUGGAAUUAUCAUCCGAAAAUUCGCACGGGGAAGGGAGGGAACAAGGGGUGCGAUUUACUAGAUGUAAGUUUGAAUUUUGCGAUUUUUUUUGAUUUUUGAAAUUGAAAGAAAAUUUAUAGAAAAUUUUCAAAUUUCAAAUAAGAACUUUCAAUUUUUAUCUGGAAAUUAGGAUUUUAUUGAUUUUUAAAAUUGAAAUUUUGAUAAUAAAAACACAGUUUGUAAUUCACAAACCCAAAUCGAUAGACCUCAAAUUUUUCGAUAAUUUUUGGUGUAGAUCAAAAAUAAUUUUUCUCUAAAUCUCUCAUUUUUGAUUGUGGCAAGUCUCAAAAAAUGUGCAAAACAUUUAAAUUUUUCUGCUCAAAAUUUAGAAUUUUGAUGAAUUUUUUGAUGAAAAACAUAUUCAUAUUUUUCAGUUCGAUUUCGAUGGCUUCUGCUGAUAUUGGUUUCGAUUUUUGAUCAACGGGAAGCUGUUCUUGUGUCUAGGGGAACCAGUUAAGGUUGGUUUUUUGUCAUUUCCGAAAUAAAUUGCAAAAAAAAAUAUUUAUUCAUUUUUCAGACGUGAAAUUUGAGACGUGUCCACGUCGAAAUCAUUUGCAAUUUUUGGUGGCAAAUUUUUUGAAUUGCCUUGAAUCAUGAUCAAGAAGUUCCUGGGAGCAAGGUAUGCCAUUUAGUAGAUGUAAAUUUGAAUUUUUCGGAUUUUUUUUUCAUAAAAAACAUAUUUAUUUUCAGUUCGAACUGUGAAUUUGAUUGACUUUCGCUGAUAUUUGAUUCGAUUUGUAUCUGGAACCUGGCAAUGUUUUUGUCAAUCACUGAAUUUGUGCCAGUUUUCCUUGAGUAAGUUCAGUUUUCAAAAUUGUUUUUUAAAAAAUUUGAUGUAAUUUGAAAGCCUAUAGCUUCAAUUAAUUGUCCUAAACAAAAAUCCAAAAUUUUGAUACAAAAAUCUUGAUUUUCAGCCUAUUGGAUCGAUUUUCGAUGGGAAUUUGUGAGAUUUGCGGAAAACUGGACGUUUUUCAGUCAAACUGGAACUACUUGAAUUAUUCCCUGGAAAUUUGUAUCCUGAGGAACCAGAUAAGGUUAGUUUUUUGUCAAUUCCGAAAUAAAUUCCAAAACAAAUAUUUCUUUAUUUUUCAGGCGUGAAAUUGGAAGGAAACGUGUCCACGUCAAAAUCAUUUUUGAUUUUUUGGUGGCAAAUUUUUUGAAUGGCUUUGAAUCAUGAUCAAGAAGUUCUCGAAAUGUAUUGAAUUUUAUACUGAAAAUUCGCACUGAUAUCAAUAGAAGAUCUGGAAGAAAUACCUGGAAAAAUUCGCAAAUUUACUUUCAGUGAGUUUUUGAAACUUUCAAAUAAUUGCGUCAAAAAUAUUUCAAAUUUCAAAAAUACAAAAGAAAUUCAAAAAGUAGACUGAAAAUUUGUCAGAAAAAUCGGAUGCUAAUUUCAAAUUUUCAAAAAUUUCAUCGAGCUCAAAAAUUGGAAAAAAGUUCAAUUUGAAAUUUUUAACUGUAAAUUUCAGUUUUUAGCUCAAAAAUUUAGAAUUACCUGAAUUUUAGGGUUACUGUAGCUUGAAUUCUUUCACAAAAAUCUUAAAUUUCAGUCGAUUAUAUGCGAUUUGUAUUGGAUCUGAGAAUUUUGACGGUCUGGAACCUGGCAAUUUUUUUUGUUGAAAGUCAAUCACUGGAUUUUCGCCCGUUUUCCUCGAGUAAGUUUAGUUUUCGCAAUUAUUUUUGAAAGCCAGAAGCCACUGUAGCUUCAAAGAACGAAAAUUCAAAUUUUUGAUACAAAAAAUCUUGAUUUUCAGCCUAUUGGAUCAAUUUUUGAAGAAAAUUUGUGAGAUCUGCUGACAACUCGACAUUUUUUGGUCAAUACUGGAACUACUGGAAUUUUAUUUUCUAGGAAUUCGUAUCUAGAGGAACCAAGGUCAGUUUUUUGUCAUUUUCAAAAUAAAUUUCAAAAAAAAAAUAUUUAUUCAUUUUUUAGGCGUGAAAAUUGAAACUUAUCCACGUCCAAACCAUUUAAAAAAAAUAAGAAAAAAUAAGAAAAAAAAGAAAAAAAAAGAAAAAAAGAAAAAAAAGAAAAAAAAAAAGAAAAUGAGAUUUCAACUUGGAUAGUCCCCAAUCCUAAGUUGCCCUAACUUUUCCCCCAAUUUUUUCGCUUCGACCUUUAGGUAUUUUUGUGUCCCUGCUGUUUUUCCCCUAGUUUUUUCUAGAACAUUUUUUUGAGCUAACUCGACCCUUACCCUUUUUAUUUUUGUGCAUUCGUCUCAAGCAUAGAUGUGGACCUUGAUAAGGUUAGUUUUGACCCAAAAAAACUCUGAUAAUUUUUGAAUUUUUGCAGAUUUCACCAACAAUUUUGUCAAUUUGUCCCAUCUCCUCGAAAUUUUUUGCUGUUUGGCUAAAUUCGGGGAUGUUUAAGAGUUUCGAUGAUUUGUGAGUUUUUGAUUAUUUUUGCUCGAGGAAAUCGUGUAUUUUCAGAUGUUUUGAAACUCGAAAAAUUCUGGAAAUAUUUGGAAAACUUGGGAAUCGUUUUUGUCGGCAUCAAUUCGAUGUGAUUUUUAAAAGGUUUGUUGAUUUUUAUAGUUCACUUGAAAAUCAAUAAUUUGGAUUUUUCAGGUUCACAUCAUCCACAAAUUUAUUUUCGCCGCGAAAAUUGAGGAGCCUAUUAGUCUAGCGUGUUUUUAGCUUUGGUGAGUUGAAAAUUUAUGAAUUUUUAGGGUAAAUGUAAUAAUUUUGAAUUGUCAGAUUCAAAAACUCGUCAAAAAUUUGGCUACUAGAAGCAAAAGUUGAAGCUCGCUGAUUUUAUCUCGUCAAAAAUCAAUCCAGAUUUUUAAUUUAAUCAAUUGUGAGUUUAAAAAUUGAAAAUUAAUUGGAAUUUCAAUAAUUUUUUGCAGAUUUCCAAACUUUGUGCUUCAAAAUUUGAUCGACUCAAGAAUCUCAAGAUUUUCAAAGCUUUCCAACUGGAUUUUGUUGGAAUAUUGAAGCGGAGUUAGAAGAACUCGAAUUCUUCUCGUGAUUUUUAAAAGGUUAGUUGACUUUUUUUUAGUUCACUUGAAAAUCAAUAAUUUGUAUUUUUUUCAGAUUCGAAAACUCGAUCAAUUUUUGAAAAAACACAAACAUUUUGGAUAUAUUUUCUACUAGAAAUCUUGGAUCUUGCUGGAAAUUCGAAAUUUACUGGAACCCAAAAAUGGUCAUUUUUAUGGAACUUUUCGUCGAAAUUUGAAUUUUGUGAGUUUUCGAUUGUUUUUUCUCGAGGAAAUCAUGUAUUUUCAGAUAUUUCGACUUGAAACAAUUCUGGAUUGCUGCUGAAAAAAUCUUGUUUAUGGAACUUAUCGUCGAAAUUUGAAUGGAAACUUUUCUGCUCAAAAACACCCACGAAUAAUUUUGAAUUUUGCUGCAAAAAUUUAUCGAUUUUGAUUUAUGGAUGGAUUAUUCGCUAAAGAUAUUUGGAAAACCAACAAAUUCUGGUUGGUUGAGAAAUCUUUCGAUUUUCGUGUCUAAUUACGCCUAGAAAACGGCAUCCAAAAAAGUACAGUUUUUCAGAAAUAUUCAAAUUCUAUUCACAAAAUACUGUACAAAUUAAUCAUUUUUGGAAAAACCCGUUUUCUAGGAGUGAGAUAAAAUAAUUUGAAAAAAAAAAGAAAAAAAAAAGAAAAUGAAAAUUUCAACUUGGAUAGUUCCCAAUCCUAAGUUGCCCUAACUUUUCCCCCCGAUUUUUUCGCUAGGUAUUUUUGUCCCUGUUUCACCUAGUUUUUCUAGAUCUUUUUUGAGCUAACUCGACCCAAACCCCCUUUUUUUUUGCAAUUCUUCGCGAUUUUUCGGCAGCGUUUCGAUGUGAUUUUUAAAAGGUUAGUUGAUUUUUUUAGUUCACUUGAAAAUCAAUAAUUUUUGGAUUUUUCAGGUUCACAUCAUCCACAAAUUUAUUUUUGCCGCGAAAAAAUUGAGGAGCUCAAGUCUGGCGAGUUUUUAGCUUUGGUGAGUUGAAAAUUCAUGAAUUUUUAUGGAAAAUAUAAGAAUUUUGAAUUUUUCAGAUUCGAAAACUCGUCAAAAAUUUGGAAAAUAAAUUGUCUCGUCUCCAAAUUUUUGAUUUUCGCCAGUUCUGAUCAAUUGUGAGUUUAAAAAUUGAAAAUUAAUUGGAAUUUUGAUAAUUUUUUGCAGAUUUCUCAAGAUUUUCAACUGGAUUUUGUUGGAUAUGGAGUUAGAAAAACUCAAAUUCUUCUCGUGAUUUUUAAAAGGUUAGUUGAUUUUUUGGUUCACUUGAAAAUCAAUAAUUUGUAUUUUUUCAGAUCAAAAAUCGAAAAUUUAUGGAUAUUUCUACUAGAAAUUUUGAAAUUUGCUGGAAAUUUGAAGUCGACUGGAAAUGACUCGGAUUUUCUUUUGAUUUUUUGGAUCAAAAAUGCAAUCCUGUUGGAAGUUUCGAGAAUUCAAUUCAUUUUUUUAUGAGAGGAACGAAUUCUGGACAUUUUGAAGCUCGCCGAACCCGAGAAUCAUCAGAAAAUUUGAAUUUCGAUGGAUUUUGGAACCCGACUUGAAUUUUCCGUUGGAACUUGCUCGACUCGAAUUUAUUUUUUCAUGAGAGGAAGGAAAUCUGAUCAUUUUUCAAAAUUCUUGAACAUUAUUUCAAGCUCGAAAUAUCGAUUGUCUCAUCGAAAAUUAGAAUUUUGAGCCCUACUCGAAAUUUUGGUUGGAACUUUUGUUGGAACUCGAAACCCCAAUUGAAUUUCCGGAUUUUCUGGAAAAUCCGGAAUAAUAUGGACUUAAAAUCAACAAAAAAAAGAAGAAAAAGAAAAAAACAAUCAUAUCUUCUACUUAUCAUUCAAAUAUUCGGAGAGCACUGCUCAAAAAAAAAGAUGCUGCAUAUUCUGGAGCAUCGAUUGGCUCUGCGGAGCUUUCUCUUCUCAAUUCUCAGCUCGGGGGAUAUGGGUUUUCUGGGAGCAGAACUGUGUUUUAGAAAUUGAUUGUUUUUUUUCAGAUUUGGCUCGCGAAUCAACAAUUGCCUCGAUGUAUUUCAGAAUAUGCAGUGCCGGGUUGAGUUUUUUUGGUUUAUCACUGAAAAUUCUGCGAGAAAAAUCGGAUUUUUAG